AUGUCUUGCAAUACUUUCUCGCCUGAUUAUAGUGAGGCCGAACACUUCGAAGAGCCCAACUCGAACAUCUACUAUAACGAUAGUGAAGACGGGACAAACUAUGAAGAAGACGAAGCGGAGCCAGAUGGUGAAGAUGAGUUUGUUCAAAAUGAGAUCUGCCAGGAAAGCAUCGAGAUUGUGAUUCCACCAUCUCGUACCUUUGCUGUUCCGGAGUCCGAUGUGUCCGACCCAGACAGCUACAGCUCAGGUGAAGAAAGCUCUGAUGCGGAAAGCCCGACUUCCAGUCCAGUUGGGCUGAGCGAAGAGACCGAAGACAAAGACAAAACAGCGUCCACCAUACCGGUUCUCGAGGUCAACAAGCCACAAGCAAGUCCUACCUCAGAACAAACGAGAGGUACAUCCGUCAACCAUAAGCCAGGCGAUGCUGUUUGGCUUAUGGACCUCUCGGAUGAGGAUGAUGACGUUGACGUUGACGACGACGACGACGACGACGACGUCGGUGGUCUGACUCAAGGCGACCAAGGCGAGCCUGUUGUACCCACAUUGCUGGUCACCAAACCUGACUAUGUCCAAUCGUCAUUACCAGAGGGUCUUGAGAGCUCGAGCCCAUUGUCACAAAACGCUGUCGGCGGCUCUGACCGGGACGAAGCUGUCCACACAUCAUGUCUCUGCGAUAUAGGAACCGUGAAGCCAUCGGCUGAACCUUUCCUGGCUCCACCGUUCAUUCAGGAUCUACAAUCGGAUGGUGCAGACAAUUUGGUUUCUGAAGAGGGUCGCUCCAGUUAUGCGUGGGCAGGGCAUAAUUCUGUCUUGUACGAACCUGUGACAGGAAACUUCAGCCAGGGUACGGUGCGUGCUCCACCCAUCACCUCGAAUGCGCCAGCCAACCCACCUUCGCCCGUAUGGCCAAACGAUCUCAACGGAAAUGUGUGGCUUCCACAGUUUUCAUCAGAACUGCAAGAUCAAAUUCCAAAAGGUUCAGUUGCAAGCCAAGUUGAUGAUUCACCCAAAGAAGGUUCCGCGGAACUAAGCAACCGUACCUUGAAACGCAAGGCGGAACAAAUCUCUUCGGAUGCCACCCUUCAGGAACAGACAGUAGUUGCUGGUUCUAAUUCACCUAAUCCUGCAAAUUCCAUUUCAGCAGUUGCAUCGGACAAGGCUAUUGACGGUGCCAUUGACAUCCAUGAAAGCAAUCUGCAAACUUCGCAGUUGCCUGGCACCGAAGCAAAUGAUGGUACACCACUCCAGAACGCGGAACUGCCACCACGUAAGAAAAUCAAGCGGAGCAAACAGAGGCUUAAUAAAAGCCGUGGCAGCAGUAGCAGCAGCUUGAUCAAGAUUGCUGCCGCAACAAUUGCGGGCAUGGCCAUCGGAACAGUGGGAACAAUUGUUGGCCUUGCCUCUCUUCCGCCGGACUAUUUCAUGUGA